GCUAAACACACCUGGUACAAGGAGAACCAAAGACUGCUCAGUGAAGAACCACAGCUUGUCUUCAGCUCCAUCCAGACCUCUGACUCUGGAGAGUAUUACUGUGCAGCUGAGAACCAGCUGGGGAGGAAGACAACUAAAUACAUCAUUAAUGUGAAAUAUGCUCCAAAGCUUCCCUCUGUGUCAGUGAGUCCCUCUGCUGAGAUAGUGGAGGGCAGUUCAGUGACUCUGACCUGCAGCAGUGAUGCUAACCCAGCAGCUAAUUAUACCUGGUACAAGAGGAAUAAAAAUGUAGACCAUGAACUUCUGAAUGAGGAACCACAGCUUGUCUUCAGCUCCAUCGAGUCCUCUGACUCUGGAGAUUAUUGCUGUGCAGCUGAGAACCAGCUGGGGAGGAAGACAACUAAAUACAUCAUUAAUGUGAAAUAUGCUCCAAAGCUUCCCUCUGUGUCAGUGAGUCCCUCUGCUGAGAUAGUGGAGGGCAGUUCAGUGACUCUGACCUGCAGCAGUGAUGCUAACCCAGCAGCUAAUUAUACCUGGUACAAGGAGAACCAAACUCUGCAUCAAGGCCAAGAAGGAAGUUAUUAUUUCAACUCCAUCAGCUCUGAGGACAAAGGAAUCUACUAUUGUAUGUCUGAGAACCAGUAUGGGCAGAUCAACUCUACAUCGCUAUUGUUAAAUGUCCAGUAUGCUCCAAAGCUCCCCUCUGUGUCAGUGAGUCCCUCUGGUGAGAUAGUGGAGGGCAGUUCAGUAAGUCUGUCUUGUGGCUGCGAUGCUAACCCAACAGCUAACUAUAUCUGGUACAAGAGGACUAAAAGUCCACACCAUGAACGCCUCAGUGAAGAACCACAGCUUGUCUUCAACUCCACCCAGUCCUCUGACUCUGGAGAGUAUUACUGCGCAGCUGAGAACCAGCUGGGGAGGAGGACAUCUGAAGACAUCAUUAUUAAUGUAAAAUAUGCUCCAAAGCUUCCCUCUGUGUCAGUGAGUCCCUCUGCUGAGAUAGUGGAGGGCAGUUCAGUGACUCUGACCUGCAGCAGUGAUGCUAACCCAGCAGCUAAUUAUACCUGGUACAAGGAGAACCAAACACUGACUCAAGGACCAGAAGGAAGUUAUUAUUUCAACUCCAUCAGCUCUAAAGACACAGGGAUCUACUACUGCAAGUCUGACAACAGAUAUGGACAGAUCAACUCUUUAUCUCUAUUGUUAAAUGUCCAGUAUGCUCCAAAGCUUCCCUCUGUGUCAGUGAGUCCCUCUGCUAAGGUAGUUAAGGGCAGUUCAGUGAGUCUGACCUGCAGCAGUGAUGCUAACCCAGCAGCUAAUUAUACCUGGUACAAGGAGAAUGAAGACUCACCAAAAGCAUCAGGACAGAACUUCACCAUCACUGUUGUCAGACCUGAACACAGUGGGAAAUAUUACUGUGAAGCCCAGAACAAAAGAGGACGUCAUAACUCCACCUUACAUCUGACUGUUGUGGCAGUUUUCCCAGGUUUAUGGAAAUUAGCAGUCUUUGGAACAACCCCUGCUGUUUUCCUGGCUAUCAUAUGGCUCUCUGUCCUCCUACUGAUAAAGAAAAAGAGAUCCUCCAAGCAAUCAUCUGAGCCUGGAGAUAGACCAGACGACAGGGAACAGGAUGACCUUCAUUAUGCCAGUUUCCACUUCUCCAAUAAUCAGACAGAUCCUGUCUACUCCAACAUCAUACCAGCUGUCCCCCGAAGACAAAAGGAGGAAGAGGAGGAGGAAGAACUUGUUGAGUACGCUGCUGUCCAAUUUAACAGUGCCAGUACUGCCCCAAGAAGUCAGGAAACUGUGGAGGAUCCAGCUGCAUUGUACAGUACAGUCAACAAAACUACUGAACGGAACCGGAACGUCUAAUCUGUGCUUUCUGUCAUUUUCAUCUGUGAGAGCAGCAUGGGUCUAGGGAUGGCAAAGUUAGUCGGCUGGUUGGUUUGGCGGUCAAUUGGUUCGCCACUUUGGUCCAGACUGAAAUAGCUCAACAACUACUUCAUGGAUUGCCAUAAAAGUGUUUACUGACAUUUUGAUCCCAAGAGGUGAGGACAGGAGGGAAAUUUGGCUUGGGCACAGUGCAUUGUUUCCUCAUAAAAUCACAAAAAACACAUCACAUUACAUCAACAAGUAUCUGAGAAUCACUGACAUGUUGUAGUACUUCAUAAGAGGAAAACAUAAAAACGAAGAAAAAGGACAUUGUUAACAACACAGUGCCAUGGAUUAAAGCGCAAGUGCUUAUGUACUAGUGCGGUUAUUGCACGUUGCCCUAUUGCACCGAGGAUGCAGACUUUGGUGAUCCCCAGACUUUAACCCUGCAACACAACCAUGGUGACAUGUUUUUUGUUUGUGACAUGUUUUGACAACUAUUGAAUGGAUUGUCAUUUGGUACAAAUAUUCAUCUUGCCCUGAGGAUAAAUCUUAAUGGCUUUGGGGAUUUCCUGACUUUUCAUCUGUCUAUCAAAAAUAUCUAAACUAAUUUCAUGAAAUGUGUUAUUUGCUUCUUUGGUUUAUGACCAAAUCCCUAAAAAAUGAAUGACAUUCUCAGCAGCCUCAGCUGUACUUUCUGUUUAGUGCUGAUUAACAAAUGUUAGAAACUAACACAACUAACAUGGUGAAUAUGAUAAACAUUAUACCUGCUAAACAAAACUAGAACCCACUUGUAAAAACAUUUCUCCAUAAUGUGGUCAAAAACUCUGCAGGAUACAUUUUAACCUUAUUUAAAGAUUAAUGUCAUAUACCAAACAUUAUCAUAAUUCUUCCACAGUAUGGCUUCAAACAUACUGUAUCUCUGUAGUACUGUAUCACAUGCUUAACACCACAAGCUUGAAAUUAUAAUUUUUUAUGCGUAUUAUUAAAUUUGCUAUUUAAAAGCACAUCGGGAGAGAUAGUAAGAGGAGAGAGGAACAUGCAUUAGGUGAUCUUGUUGUAAUUUCAUACUGUUGCCACUAGAUUGUAGUCAAAAGCCAUAUUUUAAAUCCCAUAAAGUACAUUUCUCUCUUAUCUGUGUAAACUGUCUAUUUUCACCUCAUUGUUACUCCCCUCUUUUUUUGUUUUUUUUCCCAGUUCCAUUAGCACAAUAUCACAAUAAUUGAUUAUUUCCAGUUAUUUCUACUCCAUUAUUACAACAUCUCAUCACAAUUGUCAGUCUUGCCUCAUUUUUAAAAGCUUAUUAUUAUGGACCAUCUCCUUUGUACUGUAAUGUUUUGUUUUGAUUAAAUAAAAACAGUUUGA